GAGCCCGUGCGGAGGGACCGGGCAGCGGGGGGGGGCUCGGAGCGGGUUCGGGGGGGGCCGCAGCGUGCCCUGACCCCCCCCUUGAACCCCUCCAGACCCCCGGCAAGCCGAGGAUGCUCGGGGGGACCCCGCGAACCCCCCAAAAGGCCAGGGGCGCCGGGAGUUGAGCUGCGGGGUCCCCGCGCCGCUGCCCCCCCCUCUCCAAGAUGUCCUAUUUCACCGAGCACUUCUGGGGUGAGAAGAACCACGGCUUUGACGUCCUCUACCACAACAUGAAGCACGGGCAGAUCUCCACCAAGGAGCUGGCUGACUUCGUCCGGGAGAGGGCCGCCAUCGAGGAGAACUACGCCAAGGCCAUGGUGAAGCUGUCGAAGAUGGCCACGAACGGGACCCAGCUGGGGACCUUCGCUCCUCUGUGGGAGGUUUUCCGCAUCUCCUCGGACAAGCUGGCGCUGUGCCACCUGGAGCUGAUGAAGAAGCUGCACGACCUCAUCAAGGAGAUCUCGCGCUACGGCGAGGAGCAAGGCCGGGUGCACAAGAAGUCCAAGGAGGAGGUGGCAGGGACGCUGGAGGCCGUGCAGCUGCUGCACGGGGUGGCCCAGCUGCUGCCCAAGUCCAAGGAGAGCUACCACAGCAAGUGCCAGGAGUACGAGCGGCUGCGCAAGGAGGGCACCAGCCAGAAGGAGAUCGACAAGGCGGAGCUGAAGUCGCGCAAGGCGGGCGAGGCUCUGCGGAGGGCGGUGGACAAAUACAACGCUGCCCGCGCCGACUUCGAGCAGCGCAUGCUGGACUCGGCCAUGCGCUUCCAGGAGGUGGAAGAAGCCCACCUGCGGCACAUGAAGGGGCUCAUCGGCUCCUACUCGCACUCCGUGGAGGACACCCACGUCCAGAUCGGCCAGGUCCACGAGGAGUUCAAGCAGAACGUGGAGAACAUCGGCACCGAGAUGCUGCUGCGGAGGUUCGCCGAGAGCAAGGGCACGGGCAGGGAGCGGCCAGGAGCGUUGGAUUUCGACGAGUACCGGCUGGCUCCAGCGCAGGAAGGACCCAAGAGGAGCCGGAGCAAAGCCUUCCGCAUCCCGGGCCUGAGCCGGAAGGAGCGGGAGCGUGACGCUGUGGAAUCUCCGGAUACCGACCUGGGCGGCCCCGAGGUGGACGAGGACGGGUUCGCCGUGCGCCCGGAGAGCGCCCGCAGCGAGGCGGAGAACCCCGGCUGCUCCUCCAGCGACUCCGACUACGACGAGGACGAGCCCCGCAAGUUUUACGUCCACAUCAAACCGGUGCAGCCGCGGGAGGCGCCCGGCAGCGCCGAGGCCGCCGUGGAGCAGCUCAAGGCCACCGUGGGAAAUCUCAUCCUGGCCCCCGGCGUUGGGGGCACCGUCAGGAGGCAGGCGUCCCGGCACACGGCGUCCCUGACCCCGGCCUGCAGUGACACGGACCCCGAGGGGACACUGGCGGCGGGUGACAGCACGGGGAGGGCUCUGCCGGCGGCGCAGGUGAACAGCGACCCCGGGAAGCCCCCCCAGGACACGCCGCCCUCGGCCGCGCUCUUCGGGCCCCCCCUGGAGUCGGCGUUGGAGGCAGAGGAAUUCCCGGCCCCCCGCUCCUACGUCCUCACCUCGUCCUCUUCGCCCUUCUCCUCCUCGUCCCCGGUAAACGUGGAGGACUCGGGGCUGGACUCGCCCUCGCACACACCGCGCACCGGCCCCUCCCCGGACUCCCGGCCCUGGACCCCGCAGCCGGGCACGCCGCAGAGCCCCGGCCCCAAAGCGGAGCCGCCCCCCGCCAGCACCGCCUGGGCCCCGCGGCCCCGCAGCCCCUCCGGCCGCCUCCCCGAGCCCCCCAACUUCGCCGUUUUCAGCGGCCCCGGCGCCGAGGGGCUCUGGGGGGACGCGGGGGUCGCGCCCCGGGGUCGCAGCCGCUGCCUCAGCGGCCCCGCCCCACGAGAAGCGCCCUCGCCGGACCCCUUUGGGGACCCCCCGGCUUGGGGCAGACCCCGAAGUCCCGGAGGGGAGCAGCCCCCCCUGACGCGUCCUUCCUCCAACUCGGCCUCAUCGUCCUCCUCCUCGCCGGCCCCCCCGAGCGGGGGGGAGUCCUCCAGCCCCUCUCCCUGGGGCUGCCAAGGGCCGGGGACCAGGCUGAGCGAGGGGGACACGGCCGGGACCCCCCCGCCUGCAGUCGGAGCCAGACUCGGUGCCCGCCUGGCCCAGCGCUGCCCCCCGGGACGUUCCUCUCGUGGCCCCCCCGCGCCGCUCCCGCACCAAGCGGCCGCCGGCCGGGCCGGCCGCGGGCGCAACAGCGACCUG